AAUGUUCAUAAAAUUUGAGAGACAUUCAGAUCGUGUAAAAAGUGUUUCAUUUCAUCCUCAUCGUCCCUGGAUAUUAAGUGCACUUCAUUCUGGAAUCAUUGAAUUGAUUGAUUAUAGAAUUAAGAAAAGAAUAGCUAUAUAUGAUGAUCAUAAGGGUGCUGUUCGAUCAGUUUAAUUUCAUCCAUAACUCAAUUUAUUUUGUUCAGGAGGAGAUGAUUUUACAGUAAGAGUUUGGAAUUUUAAAUAAUGUCAAUUCAUAUUAAAAGGACAUUUGGAUUAUGUUAGAUGUGUGACAUUUCAUCCAAUAAAUCCUUGGGUAUUAUCAGGUUCUGAUGAUUAAACAGCUAGAGUUUGGAAUUAUUAAAGUAGACAAACUAUUGCAAUUUUAACAGGACAUACACAUUAUAUAAUGGCUUGUCAUUUUCAUCCAACUUAAGAUUUAAUUAUUACAUGUUCAUUAGAUUAAACAGCUAGAUUAUGGAAUUAUGGAGUACUUAAAUAAAGAUAUGCUUAAAAAAAGAAUUAAGAAUAUGUAUUAUCAGGAGCAGAAGUUUAAGUAAUUUCAAUAUUAGAUGCACAUAAAGAUUAACUUAAUUGGUGUGCUUUUCAUUAAACAGAACCAUUUAUUAUUACUAGUGCUGAUGAUAAAAAUAUUAAAUUAUGGAAAUACAAUGAUAAUAAAGCUUGGGAAUUUGAUACUUUAUCAGGUCAUACCAAUAAUGUUUGUUGUUCAGAAUUUCAUCCAAAAGGAUAAGUUAUUAUAUCAGAUUCAGAAGAUCACACAGUUAGAAUUUGGGAUUUUUCUACUCGUAAAUAAAUUGCUAUUUAUGAGAAUAAACACUAUGAUCGUUAUUGGAUAGUAUCAUGUCAUCAAAAUAAUUAUUAUUUUGCAUGUGGCUCAGAUACUAUGUUACAAGUGUUCACCUUACAUAAAGAUAGAGUUCCUCUUAUACUAGUUAAUGAUAGAUAUAUUUGUAUAGCUGAAUAAAAAGUUCUUAAAGUAGUUGAAUUAAAUAGUGGAUAAUAAUCAAUCAUUAGAGACAUAGCUACUGUUAUUACUCCAGCUCCUACUCUUUUGGAGGAUAAUAUUGAAUUUAUUGAAUAUAAUACAUAUGAUACACAAAAAACAUAAUUGAUGAUUAGAUGUAUCAGAUAAUUUAAAGAGCCAACUAAAUCUAAAAGACAUUUAUUAAUGGUAUUUUAAUAAUAAAAGGGAGAUUCAGGAAUCAAAUAAUUUUUUGCUAAUUGUGCAUGUUUUAUUGGAAAGAAUAAAAUUGCUAGAAUCAAUCAAGAUUAAUAAAUAGAAUUAUAUAAUUAUGAAACAGAUGCUGUUCAAAUAAUUGAUGAGAAAUAAUCAUCUAAAAUAUUUGCUGCUCCUGGUGGUAAAAUAUUAAUUCAAAGAAUUGGAACUAUUCCUUAAUUAGAAUUAUUUGAUCCUAUGACAAAAUAAGUAUUACAUUCUGUUGAGUAUACUAAUGCUAAAUAUGUAUAAUAUGUUGAAUCCUACUUAAUUAUUUCAACCAAAUUAUCUCUAACAAUUUUUACUAAAUAAUUAUAGAAAUUAAUUGAAAUUAAAGAAUAAAUUAAUAUUAAAUCAUUUAUUUGGUUUAACAAUUUUAUAAUCUAUACAACAAAAAGUUAAAUUAAGUAUUUGCUAUUAAAUGGAGACAUGGGUGUUUUAAAAUCAACUGAAAAUAUAUUAUAUAUGGCAAAAGGUGAAGAAUAAUAACAAAACAAAAUUAAAUUAAUUGCAUUCGAUAAUACAGCCAAAUAUAUAACAGAUAUUCUUGAUAUUUCAGAACCUUUAUUUAAAAUAGCAAUUAUGAACAAGGAUUUGAAUACCAUUCAUAAAUUUAUUGAACAUAAUCAAAAUGAAGCUAUAUUAUCUUAUUUAUAUUAAAAAAAACUUGCUUCUAUGGCAUUAAAAUUAGUUAAAGAUAAAUAUGGUAAUUAAUUAUUAUAUAAUUUUAGCUAAAUUUUCACUUUCUCUAGAUUGUGGUAAUUUAGAAUUUGCAUAUAAAGCUGCAGUUGAUAUUAGAGAUCCAUAAUCAUUUGAACAAUUAAGAACUGAGGCUUUAAGAUAGGGCAAUCAUUUAUUAGUAGAUAUUUGUGAUCAAUAAUUAAGUUAAUUUGAUAGAUUGUCAUUUUUAUAUUUAUGUACUGGCAACAUUGAAAAGUAAGAAAAAUUAUAGAAUAUAAAUCCUAAUUUUAUAUAUCAAUCCUAAUCCUAAAGGAAAAUUGUAAUUAAAAAUUGCUUACCAAAAUUAUCCUAAAUCAUGGAUCAUCUAAAUGGAAUUUCAUAAAAAUUAGAUGAUAAUUAAAAAGAAACAAUAGAAUGGAUUAACUCUUUAGGAGGUAGUUAAGCUUUGAUUCCUCCUAUUCCCAUAAUGAAAUACAAAAGUGAUCCAUGGCCACUUAUUUAAUUGAAUGAAUAAGACAUUAUUAAUCUUGAAGUAACUGAUGAAACUGUAGUACCAUAAGAUAUCUUUACAUUAUAAAAGUAAGUAGUAGAAGAACCUUAGCUUGAUGAAUAAGUAAAUGAUGGAUAAUGGGGUUUAGAUGAAGAACCAGAAGAAGUAUUUUUGGAAUCUAAACCUAAAGAUUCAAUUUAUAAAAAUAUUGAUGAAGAAGCACUAAGAGGAAACAUUGUCAAUUAAAAAGGAGAUAUUGCUAUUAAAUACUUUGCUGCUGGUAAUUAUGAAACUGGUAUCAAAUUAUUAAAGCAAUAAAUCAAUCUUAAUAACUAUUAACAAUUUUAUAAAUUACUUAUAGAUUUACCUAAUUUUUAGGUUGUGACUUCAUCACCAUAUCUUAGUAAUGCAACUUUACCAGUGAAAAUCAAUAGAUUGAAUGAAAUCAAGAAUUUGAUUAAAUUAGGUAACUAUUUAAUCUAAUAUAUUAGGUUAUAAAUAUACAACAGAUGCUAAAUUUAAUGAAGUUACUAAUUGCUUCAGAUCUGUUUUAUAAAAACUAUUAUUGACAGAUUACGAAGAUAAUUAAAUUGAUGAUAUUAAAAGAUAUAUUAAUAUCAGUAGAAAUUAUCUUAUAGCUAUGCGUUGUGAUUAGCUUAAAAAAGAUAGUAAUGUCUUAGAAGUUACUUGUAAAAUGGCUACAAUUGAUUUAUUACCUAUUCAUAGAAUAUUAACACUAAGAUAAGCUUUAAGUAUAAGUUACAAAUAAAAGAAUUUUAUUACUUGCUAAUAAAUUGCUAAAAAAUUAAUUGAGUUAUUAAGAAAUGACAAUACUCAAAAACCUGAAGUUUUACAAAAUGCAUAAAAGGUAUUAUUAAUUAAAUAUAUUGUAUUUAGUAUGAAAAAGCAUCUUAAUAAUAAAAUUCAAAUGCAAUUUAAAUAGAAUUCUAAGAAUAAUGGUUGAAUGAAUAACCAAUAUAUUCAGCAAAUACACUUAAAAAUAUUUCAAUAUACAAAUCAUGUCCAUAUGAUGGUAGUGUUUAUGAAACAGAUUACUAACAAAAUUGUUUGAUUUGUGGGUUAUGUCAAGUUGGUAAAGCACCUGGACUUAAAUAUUAAUGAA